CUCAGCGGUUUCCCCGCGCCACGCCGGCCUCGCCUUCCACCCAUAGCAUCGCCACCUCCACCGACCGCACCCGCUUCCCGCGAGGGACCUCCAGCCGCAGCACCUUCCACGGGGGGCAGCUGCGUGAGCGGCGAGGGGGGGCGCAGAACGGCUCUCCCACCUCGCCCACCCAUCCCGCCGACGCCACGCCGCUGCCCCAGAGCCGCAGCCGAGCCUCCUCCAACCUGUUCUCCAAGCUCACCUCCAAGCUGACCAGGAGGGUCGCAGACGAACCUGAGAGAAGCUGGAGAUCUGAGGUCACAAGUUGCAAUGUACCUUGGGAUAAAAAAGAGGCAAAGCCCAGGUCGAUCAGACUUACAUGGAAUAUAAAAAUCACCAGCUCGCGGGACCCUAGCGAGAUGAUUGGUCUGAUCUGUAAAGUCCUGGAGGCAAAUGGCUGCCCAUUCCAGCAGCAGGAACCCUUCCUCUUGUCCUGUGCCCAUGGCCGUGAGAACACCGAGCACUUUGUCCAGUGGGAGAUCGAGGUCUGUCGUCUGCCCAACCUCUCCGUCAAUGGCGUGCGCUUUAAGAGGACCUCUGGGACCUUCCUGUCGUUCAGGAACAUAGUGACUAAAAUUACCAGUGAAUUGAAGCUCUAGACACACAAAGACUCCUUGCCCACAUCAUUUCCUUCCACCUUCCAUUUUGGAUCUUCACGCAUACCUGCGCAGCCACCCGUCUCGAGACUGCAAACGUUGGGUUUCCUCCUCCAUCUUGAUGGGACGUUCUGUUUCCUACUGUCUAGGCUGAGCUCCCAUCUCAGAGGAUUUGGCCACUUACUUCAGCCCCGAUUAAGUCUAGUUCCUGCCGUGGGGUUGGACGGGUUGACUCCAUCUGACUAAUCUUCAGCUGGGUGGGGAGGGGUGGGAGGUGGCAGGAAUGGUGAAUAGGCUCCACGGCCCAUUGCAGUGCAGUCUGGGGAGGGUAUGUGUUGUAGGGUACAACACUGAGAGCAUCUCAGCCUGGUCCUUAACCCCGCCCCCCUCCCCCCCCCCCCCCCACGUGUGCCCUCCACCCCCAAUCAGAAAGGAGGGCCAUGCCGGAGAGAAGCCAGGGGUCACAGACAAUCUCGGAAGACGCAUUUACGUUGAAAACGCAGAGAAUCUGGACUUCAGUGUGUGGGAGCCCGCAGUAUGUCUGUGGGCUCUGGGUCUUGAAACAGGGUCCUGAGGACAAAUCCAAAGGUUUGUAGAUGAGUCUCUGCAUUUCUUUUCCAAUAUCCCUCUCCCACUUCCGCCCUCACUACAUACAAUGCCUCACCCUCUGGCUCUCCCCACAAGCCCCUCCCUUCCUCUCCCAUAAUGUCCUCCCCUCUCUCACUCCCCUCGCUCUCUUUCCCACCAAGCUCCCUCUCUCUCCCUCCCUUGCCCCCUCUUCCCUUCUUGUGCCCUCUCUCAAACCUUCCCCUCAUUCCCGCCCAAUCCAGUGUACCUGAUUUUAAGGGAAUUUCUCAAAGCAGUAGCGCUGAGUGAUUAAUGGAAUCACUCCGUGCCUUGAUAUUGACAUGGUGAACGUCUCACCCCUUCCCCUCUCACACUUGGGCUCCUUGCUGGGUUGGGCAGUCCCACGAUACAGGUUCACCCUGUUGUCAUCAGGCUGUCAUCUUCAAAUACUCUCAACUGAAGUAUCAAGUGUAACUCACCUGAUCACUUACUCUUCAGAACCAGCCACGUGGAGACCUGCAGACUGGGGAAUGGGGCCUAAACUCUGGCCCACAGGGUGAUCUCAGCCCAGGAGGCUCUUGUGUUUAGAGGGAAGAUUAUGGGAAAUCAGGAACAAUCCCUUGCUAACCUGUUCCUCCUACUUCAGGACUUGUUGGGAAAGAGCCCAUUGUAUGUAUGUGUGUAAGCCUGUGUGUGAAUGUAAUAUUUGUGUGUGAAGGAAUCAAACUUGCUGGUGUCCCUCUUCAAUCUAAGAGUCAGCUCGGCCUUUCAACUUGUACUAGAUUCAACAGGUGGAUGUCAGCUGGGAGAUGUUGACCUCUCCCAAUUUGGCAUAGUGUGAUGGGACAGUGUAGAGAGAGCUUCACUCUGUAUCUAACCCGUACUGUCCCUGUCCUGAGAGUGUGUGAUGGGACAGUGUAGAGGGAGCUUCACUCUGUAUCUAACCCGUGCUGUCCCUGUCCUGGGAGUGUGAGAUGGGACAGUGUAGAGGGAGCUUCACUCUGUAUCUAACCCGUGCUGUCCCUGUCCUGGGAGUGUGUGAUGAGACAGUGUAGAGGGAGCAUCACUCUGUAUCUAACCCGUACUGUCCCUGUCCUGGGAGUGUGUGAUGAGACAGUGUAGAGGGAGCUUCACUCUGUAUCUAACCCGUGCUGUCCCUGUCCUGGGAGUGUGUGAUGGGACAGUGUAGAGGGAGCUUCACUCUGUAUCUAAGCCAUACUGUCCCUGUCCUGGGAGUGUGUGAUGGGACAGUGUGGAGGGAGCUUCACUCUGUAUCUAACCCGUGUUGUCCCUGUCCUGGGGAUGUGUGAUGGGACAGUGUAGAGGGAGCUUCACUCUGUAUCUAACCCGUGCUGUCCCUGUCCUGGGAGUGUGUGAUGAGACAGUGUAGAGGGAGCUUCACUCUGUAUCUAACCCGUACUGUCCCUGUCCUGGGAGUGUGUGAUGAGACAGUGUAGAGGGAGCUUCACUCUGUAUCUAAGCCAUACUGUCCCUGUCCUGGGAGUGUGUGAUGAGACAGUGUAGAGGGAGCUUCACUCUGUAUCUAAGCCAUACUGUCCCUGUCCUGGGAGUGUGUGACAGUGUAAAGAGAGUAUCUAUCCCACGUUGUCUCUGACCUGGGCAGGGAUACUGAUACAGAAGGUACAUCUGUUCACAUUGCCAGCUUUAAUGAGGACACAGUUUCCCAAGCCAGGGUCCACAGCGGGUCUGGCUUUUGGUGUGAUACAUCACUGGGUAACUUGCGGCGGGCCCGGUGUCUGCCCGCACAUCAGGUGUUCAGUUGCGAGGGCAUCUUAGUGAGGGACCAGCAGCUGGUCCGUGGUUCUACACCCAGGGUCAGAAUGGUCACCCCUCCAGAGGUUAGGGACAAGCCUAUUGGAUCCCUGUGUGGUUACUGUGGGCUGGCAUGGAGUGCACUGGUUGGCCCAGGAAGUUUCGCUGGUGGACCAUGUCCAUCUCACACUUGAACCAGGUCAGGGCAAGAUCUGGCUGGGCACAUUCAUGGCCCCGGGGCAUUGCCUGUCUCUCUUCCCUCUCUUAUCUCCUCUGAAGCCUCACCCGCCCCACGACAACCCCUGCAGACAUCCAGGAGAAUGGAGCAAUGGUCUGGCCAUCGCUUUUUGAACUGUUGCUUGUGUGGGGACUGUUCCUUUAAGAGAUUGCUUGUGUGACCAGGGUUUGCUGAGAGGAGAGUGUGCGUAGAAAACCCCCCUCCCCAGCAUCCCUUUCUAUAACCGGCCCACAGUCAAUACUGUAAACUAUUCAGCGACAGUGGACUGCACUGAAGCUGCAAUCCACACCAGGAGGGGUCACGAGGUGCAGAAAAUUUUCCCCCUUCCCUUGCACCCACUCAGUCCACCAGGAAGCCCUCUAGAGGUAAUCAACUCACUUCAGAAAGGAAGGGGUGGUGCUAGACUGAGAUCCUCUCCCUCUCUCAAACAUUAAAAGUAUUUAAACACUUGAAGCACAAACGUGGCUUGUGAUACAACCUCAUUUCACUCACAUGGUGUAAAUUCCUUCCGUUUGCCCUUGGCUGCCGUUGACUGUAAAUUCGUCAAAGGGAUCAAGUUUGGAGGAAUUGGAGCUAGUUCGCUCUCUUGUGCCAAGACUCCUCCAGAAAGUGGUAGUUUGGGGGCAGGUGCAGUGGGAUGGUUCUCCAGCUCCCCGGCACCGAUCCCGAACACUCGACCUUCCAGCAUGGAACCACUGGCAUCCCUGCGGUUUCUGAUCCCAUUUUUUCCAGGAUUUCUCCCAGGUUUAGGCCACAGCCGUGUCCUGAAUAUCAGUUGCUGGGAGCAUUAUAGAAUGCCUGGAGAUAUGUUAAACCUCAGUGGGGUAUUUUAUCAUUUUUAAUCAUUGUGUUUCAAAGACCAUCACAGUGACUCCAACCAUCUCAGGCGAGAGGGUCUCCCUGUAUCGGACCCUCCCAAGCAUCCGUCACCCACUCUUAAGUGUGAGCCUCAACCUAGUUCAGAGAAUGUGAAUCUGAAAUCCGAAGAGGAUAUUGAACUCUAUUUAAAACGAAAACCUGUAUAAAAGAACCACAGAACUUGCUCGUAACUAUUAUUCUGUAGAAAACACUGGUUGAUUUUCCAGAGGUUUUAAAAGUGCUAAGUUAUUAGAAGUCCAUCCCUCUAGAUAUUGAAUUAAGUUGUAUAUAUAUAUAAAGAUUACUUGAAA